AUCAAUGCGGUCCCACUCAUCUCUUAGAUUAAGGAACAUGAUUGCCUACUUCAAUCUGACUAUAAAUAAAUCCUAUUUCAUACGCAAUUUGUGUCAAUAUUGUUUUGAAACUCACCAUGAAAGGCACAUCUCUAUUGCUGUUAGUCGCGUUCAUGGCGGGUGUAUGCGCAGAAAAUCUGUGCCCCCCAGAACAAGAAAUAAAUUGGGGAAUUGAAAAGCUAUUGCGUCAUGAAAAUUGUCAUAUGUUCUACAAAUGUACCUUUGGUCAUCCCGUCCCGUACCAUUGUCCGCCCGGUCUUUAUUUCAACCUCGCAACUUGGAAAUGUGACUGGCCACAUAAUGUAGACUGCGAAGAUAGGUUCGAUCCUGCAAAUCCUACUACCCGAUCACCAAUAACGCCGGAACCUUCUACUCUUGUGCCCACUACUCCUGAACCUACCACUUCUGACCCUCCUAGUCCUACUGAGGCACAAACUGAACCGCCGACUGAGCUCCCGACGGAACCCUCAACCGAGCCCCCGACCGAGCCCCCGACCGAGCCCCCAACCGAGCCGCCGACUGAGCCCCCAACCGAGCCGCCGACUGAGCCCCCGACCGAACCCCCAACUGAGCCCCCGACUGAGCCCCCGACUGAGCCCCCAACCGAGCCCCCAACCGAGCCUCCAACCGAGCCCCCAACUGAACCCCCGACCGAACCCCCGACCGAACCACCAACUGAGCCUCCGACCGAGCCACCAACCGAUGCGCCGACCGAUCCCCCAACCGAACCUCCCACUGAGCCUCCGACCGAGCCACCGACCGAAGCACCGACCGAGGCCCCAACCGAGCCGCCAACCCCACCACCGACUGAUGCACCGACCACAGUGCCACCGCCCAGCUCAACGGCCGUACCAGACACUGAAAUCGAUUUCCUUGAAAACGGGUGCCCUGUUAAUCCACAUAUCCACUGGCUUCUACCCCACGAGAGUGAUUGCAACCUCUUCUAUUACUGCGUUUGGGGUCGCUUGGUUUUGAGACAGUGUUCAGGGACUCUCCACUUCAAUCCGGUUCUGCAGGUGUGCGAUUGGCCGUGGGAUGCUGGCUGCAAAAUUUCUGCAAACAAGCACAUCCGUGGCAGGAGCUACAUGACGAGCGACGUAGACGUUUCCGUUAAUUUGUAAAUACUUGACCAAAUUCAUAAAGUCCAUUCUCGAACUUAGAAAAAUAUGGCCGCGGAUGGACUGCGCACCGUCUUUAAUAAAGGCUUGAAAAUUAUGUGAUAAAAACGAAUGGAAUAUUUACCUAAAGUUUGGUAAAUAAAAAAAAAAUUAUAUGCAA